CAUAAGGAUACGGUUGUGAAGAUGUCCUGCUGAUUUGCAGAAGUCAACAAUUAAAUAUUCAGACAGCAAUUGAAAAUUCAGAGAUUAAAGUAUAUUUUUUGUGGGUGGUAAAAUGCGUAGUCGCACCGAACUGGUGACCACCACAUUCGAUUUGGAUUCCGACGAGGAGGACUACAGUCCCGACGAUGACGAUUCCGAGGAGGAUUGGCGGCCCAACAAAAAGCGUCAACAGAAACAGUCACGUGCAAAUGGCAAUAGCAGUAACGAAACUGGCGGACGCAAGCGCCGGUCAACUGGAUCAGCUGCAUCCAAGGCAGGCAAGAGACGUGCACUUGCCACCAAAGUGAGCGAUGAUGAUUUCGAGUCCGCUGAAGAUGAUGAUGACGAUGAUGAUGAUCUGGACACGGAGCACAGUGAUGAGGACAUUGAAUUUCCGGCAGCCAGCACAUCAUCAAAAAGACUCCAGAGUCUGCCGACCAAGAAGCAGUUUGUUAAACUGGCCCAGCUGGAUUUGUUGAUCAACAAGCGUGAAUUGUCCACCAAGGAUUGGCUGCAGAACAGUCGCCUCUGUCUCUGGCGUAAGGAUGAGCAGACGAAUCUUUUGCAGAAAUAUUUGCGAGUGAAGACAUCUCUGGAUACGGACAAGCCAGGGGAGCAGCAACUGCUUUUCACUUCCAGCUCAGUGUACUCCAGCUGGGAUGAGCAGGACAUUGGCGAUUUCGUUGACGUCAAAGUCAAUUGCUUGGAUCCCAAUAAUCGACGCAUACAAUUGACAGAUAUCGAGGCAAUUAAAAAGUUAUCCAUUGAGCUGCAGGCGGAGCAGAAACAAGAUCCAACUGACAAUAUAGAAUCUCCCAAAAUUCUCAAGGAUGAGGAAGAAAAUGAUAAUGAGCAAGUUGGUGCAUAAGCUGAAAAACUAUUAACUAAUAAUGUCAACUUGAGUUUUAAGCAUAAAUUCCUAGCGGUAAAUUAGCAUUAUGAAUUAUAUAGUAUUAAAGUUGAAAACGACUUUGAAUUUAA